AUGAAUCUAUCUAUCUAUCUAUCUAUCUAUCUAUCUAUCUAUCUAUCUUCAUCUAUCUAUCACAUUCUGUUCAUCUCCGUCUAUUCAAAUGUAUUUCAUUCUGCUCAUAUUCAUCAUAUCUAUCUAUCCAUCUAUCUAUCUAUCUAUCUAUCUAUCUAUCUAUCUAUCACAUUCUGUUCAUCCUCGUCUAUUCAAAUGUAUUUCAUUCUGCUCACAUAUCUAUCUAUCUGUCUAUCUAUCUAUCUAUCUAUCUAUCUAUCUAUCUAUCACAUUCUGUUCAUCUCCGUCUAUUCAAAUGUAUUUCAUUCCCCAUAUCAUGCUCCAUCUAUCUAUCUAUCUAUCCAUCUAUCCAUCUAUCUAUCUAUCACAUUCUGUUCAUCUCCGUCUAUUCAAAUGUAUUUCAUUCUGCUCAUAUUCAUCUAUCUAUCUAUCUAUCUAUCUAUCUAUCUAUCUAUCUAUCUAUCUAUCCAUCACAUUCUGUUCAUCUCCCGUCUAUUCAAAUGUAUUUCAUUCUGCUCAUAUUCAUUCAUCUAUCUAUCUAUCUAUCUAUCUAUCUAUCUAUCUAUCUAUCUAUCUAUCACAUUCUGUUCAUCUCCGUCUAUUCAAAUGUAUUUCAUUCUGCUCAUAUCUAUCUAUCUAUCUAUCUAUCUAUCUAUCUAUCUAUCUAUCUAUCUAUCACAUUCUGUUCAUCUCCGUCUAUUCAAAUGUAUUUCAUUCUGCUCAUAUCUAUCUAUCUAUCUAUCUAUCUAUCUAUCUAUCUAUCUAUCUAUCUAUCUAUCUAUCUAUCACAUUCUGUUCAUCUCCGUCUAUUCAAAUGUAUUUCAUUCUGCUCAUAUCUAUCUAUCUAUCUCGUUCUGUUCAUAUUUAUCCAUAUCUUUCUCUUCAUAUCUCUCAUUCUUUUCAUAUCUAUCUUAG